AUGCGUCUCCGCACUCUCUGUGUGCCGCUGGCUGCCCCGCUAUGCACAACCACGCGCGCCUUCUCUGAAGUGAAGUGCAAUUACGACGGCACCGCCACCCCGCCGUGGCCCGCGGCCGGCGAGGCGCCAAAAUAUCCGCCCGCCCGCGCCGAUCACCCGCUGCCGAAGCCGCGGAUGCGCAAGACGCAGACGGAGUGGAUGUUUUAUCACGGGCACGGCGGCCGGCUCGGCGUCUACGGCCCAUCGCGGGAGAUCGCCGACUUUGAGUUCGCCGACGGCACACCGUCGAGCAUCAGCGGCCGCCGCUACGCCUUCAAACACCAUCAGGACUAUUUGCUCGUGCAGUUGAUUCGCGCCGGGGCGGUGGUGGAGCGCUACGCCGCGCACGGCCUUCUUCCGCGAGUGCCGGGAACGGCGGAGCAGCGCGAUUGGGAUCCCGCCAUCCCACUCUUCCUGGAGGAUGUAGACGAGCACGGCAGACCACCACCAACGCCACUCCAGGGCCAACAGCAACAACAACAACAGCAGCAGCAGGUAAAUAAUAUGAUGUGCGCUCGUAUGAUAGAUGAGAGGAUGGGACGUACAGCACACACACCGAAUGAGUUGGCAAACCGUCAUGAGGGUGAGAAACUGGAACCAAACACGAUGUUUGCAUCAUACGAUCCUAGUGCCUUCGUUUCGGAUCACGUGAAAAUGCGGGAUGAUAAGAGACCGUACUGGUCAAGGCGUCGCUGGGCUCUAACAGACAAAUUCUUGGUUCCUAAGAGUCCAAAGGCAAAGAAUACCAUCAAGGACGAGUAG